AUGGGGAGCCCAGUGGCACCAUUAGUAGCUAAUAUUUGGAUGGAGCACAUUGAGACAAAGAUUCUUGCUCUCAGACCAUUAGAAAUUAGCCUGUGGAAAAGAUAUGUAGAUGAUGUUUUUUGCAUAUUUAAUGGUACACAACAACAAGCAGACGAAUACCUAAAAUACCUAAAUUCCAUACAUUCUAAAACCAAAUUUACAAUGGAAUUGGAGAAAGAUAGGUCCUUAGCUUUCUUGGACAUCCUAGUUAUGGUGAGAUCCGAUGGCUCGGUUACACACACAGUAUACCGGAAACCAACACACACAGAUAGAUACCUACAUGCCUCCUCACAUCAUCACCCACGACAUUUACAAUCAGUCGUCACCACUCUCACAAACAGAGCGCAAGAUCUCUGUGCCCCUGAAUUUGUGGAACAAGAACUAUCCCACGUUCAAGAAGUACUCAAGAAAAAUGGUUACAUAAAGAGUAGAAGGCAAAAUAAGCGCGUAACAAAAGCUAAAAAACCGGAAGUGAACAGACAGCCAGCGUACAUGACUUACUUAAGAGGAAUAACGGACAAAAUUGGAACAGCACUAAAUAAAUACUCCAUUAAGACUGUAUAUUAUCCGCCCUCAAAAGUAACGAACAAUUUACGUUCACCAAAGGAUAAGCUACCUUAUGAAGCUCCAGUUGUCUACAAAAUUGACUGUAGUUGUGGUAGCUCUUAUAUUGGCCAAACAAAGCGAUCAAUAGCCGAGAGAGUCAAAGAGCACAUCGCAGCGGUAAAGGUCUUAAAAGAAGUUCUAUUAUAA